UUUCCACAGAGAGUAUCAUUACAAAUCAAUGACGGACGAAACUCUUAGUUGAAGAGGAACAUCACCACAUUGUCUAAAAUUGAAUCCAUGCGUAGGCUUGAAGGACAGAAAGCCGAAGAGUGAAGUUUGUUUUCAAAAAGUUCCAAUGGAGUCGGAAAGCGAAGUGUCUAGAAAUACAAGUGCCAAAAGAUUUUCCAGCUGAUUGGAUUUCUCUUCAAGGAACUAUAACUCUUACUUGAGAGGCUAGGCGCCGGGUAAUUGUUUAAGCAUGAUUGAGGACUGCAGAAUUUUGAAUACUUUAUUUGGUCCAAUGCGUUUUUAACAAUCUGGUGGGCUGUGGUUUUUAGCUUCGCUCCAAUGUUUUUCAAAUCUCGAACGACUAUCUAGUGUGAAAUUUUUUUAUUCCUUGCAACCAUGUGACGUCGAUUUGAUCGAACCAAGUGUCUUAAAAACACGGAUAAUUCUCAGAGGAAAGAAGCAGAACUUCCCGGGAACAGAAAAAUUAAUAGUGGUUUUGAUGUUCUAAGAACAGCGCGUGUUUACUAUAUACAGUCUGCUCGUCGAACUGUGUGUUACUUAACGUAAUUUUAGCGUCUGGACGCCGAAAACACACUAAGUAUUUUAUCGUCAAAUCCCACACGGAAUUCACAGUUGAAGAUGCCGCUUUUCAAAGGAAAAGACAAAGAGGACGAUUCGGAGGGAGAUCGAAAGAAAAUGCUGCCAAAUAUGAAUCUCCCAAGCAUUGAUAAAACUAAAAUCAAGGGAUCACUGAAAUGCGUGAAAUGGAUCCAAAAGAAAAUUCAGAAGAAAGGCGCCGCUUUUCCACUGUUCAUGAUUCUCUUGAACGCCGCUUACCUGACUUUAGGAGGACUUUUAUUUAUGGCUCUAGAGCGGCAACCUAAAGUUGUCGUAAAUACUUCCCAAGAAUUGGUGGAAAUUUUCAAUGUUUUGAAGAACUCUGAAAUAAGACAGAACUUGUCGCUACCCAGUGGAAUAAAUGUGCCUGGUCUAGUGCAAAAUCUCACUUCUAAGGAUUUAGGAAAAUUUGACGAUGUUCUUUCUCGAAUAACCAGCCAACGCAUGGAUGCGGCCAAAAAGGAAUGGAACAUCUACAAUUCAGUAUUUUUCUGUAUGACCGUAACAACUACGAUUGGUUAUGGAAACUUGUCCCCAGUAACUGUGGCUGGCCGCGUCAUUUGUGUCAUUUACGCUUUACUAGGAAUACCGCUUACCUUAGCAUUACUCGCUAUCGUUGGUAAAAUACUGGGUGACUACAUAAAUGAUGCGUGCGCAUGGCUUCUGAAAUGGUAUCGGAAAGUUCACAAGUCCUACGAAUACGAACGAACCGUCCAAGACGGCGAUGAUGGUCAAGUGGAUGCUCCAUUGUGGAUGGGCCUGUUAAUCCUUUUGUUCUUCACAACUCUCAUGGCUGGACUGUUUUGUUGGAUAGAGGGAUGGGAUUUUGGCACAUCUCUUUAUUUUCAAUACAUAACGUAUCUUACCAUUGGGUUUGGAGACGUUGUGCCACAAAAAGAGCAGCUCGUCUUCGUGAAUAUUUUUCUCGUAUUCCUCGGGCUGUCAGUCCUAUCAAUCACGCUUAGUAUGAUCGCAUCUAACAUUCACCAUCAAAUGCAGAAAGCCUCGUUUAUUGAGAAACUUAAAGACACAGAGUUGUCUGAUUCUUCCUUCGUUGGCUCGGCCGUGGGGGUCGGGGACGAGGAGAAUGGUGAUGGCAACGGGAAUAAAGGAAGGAGAGGGUCUGGAGAUGACAGCGCAAUCACCACACAGGACUCAAAUGGUGGAAAAACUUACGGGAGCACAGAAAAUAGUCCCUAAAACAUCUUUUUUUUUUUCAAAGAAAAACUGUAUACCGCAAGAAUUCAAUGUUAAUUUUGGUAUGUGAACCUCUUUGAGUCUAGAACUAACUCCUAACGCAAGUAGAUGUGGCUAUUGAAUUUUCUGAAUUUACUCUUUGAUAGUUUUCCCCUCUACAGGGCUAAUCUGGGAAUGUUUAUUUACCAGUAUUCUGGCAAUAAGACUUCCCUGUAACUACUAGAAAAGACCUUAAAUUAAGUUUAAAAUAGUUUUGUUCCAAAUUGUUAAACUUUCUGUGUGUACGUGAGAUGCAUAUAGCCAUGUGCGCACGUGCCCACGUGUGCACGUUUCAGUCCCACGUGGGUUACACUCACAUGGACUGUCUCUGUCAGCGACUUGAGAUUUACCGACGAUCUCUUCUCCUUCGGCACUGUCGUUUAUUGUGGAAGAAAAUCAUAGAAAAGUUGUGCUUUUCCAGCUUCCCGCCUUAUAUAAAAGGCUAUUUUCGUAAAUUCGUGGGAAUGGACAUAUCUCUUUCCACUGAUUUUUGCAAAAGCAAGAAAAAGUUUACGAUGAUGAAAUUUCAACGCAAAUUCGAGAGCCAAAAUCUAUCGCCACUCGGCAUUAAAAAAAAAAAAAAAUAUGCCGUCCAAUUAUGCAAAGCUGUCAUACUUUGGCAAUUAAACUGGCUAAGUACCCUCGUAAGACUAGCUAUCCCUAUUUGCUUUUUUGGUAUGGUUAAUGUACAUUGAUUACCCCCAGCCAGCCUGGUAUUCUUGAAAAGAAACACAAUUAUCUAAAUUUAUUUUUGUAUCCAUUUUAAAAGGGCAUUCAUUGCCGUAAAAAUGUUUUGUUUAUUUUGUUCACAGAGUGCGUGUGCAACUAAUAAAUAAUUAUGUAAUGGUAGGAUUUUCGUGAGCUUUUUUUUUCCUCAAUAUCUGAUUGAGAGGGAAUCUUAAGAGAGAACAAAAAAUAUGUACAGCGGUAAACUGAUUAAAAGCAGGUCUUUCCGCCA